CGUAGAUACCUUAGUGGGUAGGGUACCUAUAUAGAUAUCUCUCUCAUCCGGCAGUGGUGGGAUAAACUGGAGCUUCGCUUCUCUGUUAAGUCAAGUGGAUCGACUUCACGGAGUACCAGUUGACACCCGACUACUCCUGCGAGUAGAGGUGGGUGCAGGUAUUUGGACGGACCUGAGGUGUCUUUUAUGUACUUUUCAAAGAAGCUACCGGAAGUGGAGCGAUUUUAUUCUGGAUUUGGACAAUACUUAUCGGAUUAUAUUUUCUCCUGAGUAACGAAAGAGUUAAAGUCCCUAUUGAAGUACGCGGUGUGAGCUCGGGCGCAUGCGCGUUCAUGUAUUUAUAGUGGAGAUAUGUUGCUGCACUCGUUACUACUUAUAUUCUGGGCGACGGCCACGCUCGCCACACCACCGCCGGGUUACGUGAAAAAACCAGAUAACGACAAAGAUCCACCGGCGUAUAGCUACCGGUAUGAAAUCGGUGAGACUGAUGGCAAGGGACAUGGAAAAUCUGAAACCAGAUCAGGAGAAUUGGCGAAAGGACGGUACUAUGUGAAUUCUGAUAGAUCUAGUACUGACGUCAAAUAUUUUGCUGAUGAAUGGGGUUAUCAUCCAUUGGUGCAUUAUGGUCUUUCUAAUGAGCACAGUGCAACCAGUGCUAGCUUCGCACUGGGAGAACCAGCGGUGACUGCAUUGAAGAAUGGUGGAGACGUGGGUCCACAUGUGGAAUUGCCAAAAAUGACACAGCGUCGUCCACUGCAAAUCAUUCAACCGUACACAAUCGAACAAGGCGUGAGUCCUACGAAGAAUUACGAUCCUGGACAAGAUUUGGUUCCGGAAGUUAGCCCAGUCUCACAGUCGAACGAUGCUACAUCUUCCGGUCAGCCAACAGACGAAAACAAAUCAGACCCAAAUGAGUCACAGCCAAUAUUACUGAUACCAAACUUCACAACUAGCAGACCAAUAUAUCGAGUAACGACGAUAGCGCCACUACCGGAAGUAACUGGCACUAACAGCAAUCUCCUAGAGGAUCUUUUGCUGGUGCAAAAUGACGGAAACUUUGGACAGCGUCUGCCAAGUGGAGCUACGAAAAAUUUUGAUUAUCAAACGACAACUAGGGCUAGUACUACAGGAUCCUUUAAAUUAACUAAACAAAAUGGUGACGUAACCUAUAGAAUUCACGAGGAUGAGAAUCCCAACAGAGCAUUUUUAACGUCUGUGAAGAAAAAUCAUAAACAAGACAGACUUAAACAAUAUUUAUAUAGUCAACAAUUGUUUGCGCCAACUGGGAGGGUCAAUAUAUCAGACAGUAUUCUACAAGGACUACACGUGUUUUCAACAACUGUCGCACCUCCAGUGUCAACUACUGCUACCCAAUUGUCGACAGGAGGUGAAGUAAAUUACGAGUACAGUAAUACAAUCGAGCAUGAGAGACAAUCGUAUGCAGGACUGUCCAGUUAUACUACAAGUUCAUCAAAAAAUAGUUAUGAAAAUGCUCAAAGAAAUCCUGAAAUAAUAAAUUAUGAGCUAGACGUAAAUUUGGGUACCAAGGAAAAGCUGACAACACCUGGUCUAUCAGCUUAUACAACCAAGGCACCACCAAGUUAUAAAGUUGAAUCGUCCACAACUGUAAAUGCAAAUAGAGGAACAUUCUCAAAACCAAUAGUUGUUGCUGAAAUUGCACAAUAUAAACCAGAGUACAGUACAACCUUUACGUGUGACGAUGAAGUUUCUAGUACCCCUAAUCCAGGAUUCUCGACUACUUUAGGACCUGAGACUUUGGGUGAAUCUAUCUUGGUCACGCCUAAACCUCGUGGACCUGGUCACAUCACCACUUCAUCCGUCAUAUUGAACCCAAUUCAGGCUGGUGUUGCCCUGGUCAAUGCAGGUGAAACUCAUCUAAUAGGUGGUGACACUUCAGGAGGUACACCUGCACCUGUUAAGGAAGAAAUUGCCGAUGAUACCGAGGAUGCUAGUAAUUAUGAUCGGCAAGAGGUCGUACAGAAUCAGGAUAAGUCGAGAGUUUUUUACGAGAAGAUCAAUCCCGCCUUUGGUCAAGAAAGAAAUCUUGUUAAAGACAUUUUAGAUCAAGAGGUUGAGGUACAAAAGUCUGUUGAAAUAUAUCACAAUGCACCUAUGCACGAAAUCCAUUAUCCUGCCGAGUUGAUACGAACUGAUCAGAGCUAUCAACUUCAAAAUGUGAAUCAGCACUCUAAUGAUAACAGUGCUGCUACCAGUUUUGAUAUUCGAAACAAUAUAUACAAUUCCGAGCAAAAUACCGGGGAAAAAUUAGGAUCCGGAAAUAUUUUAGGAACUGUGGAAUCAGGAUCAGUUGGGCAAAGUGAAUCGUUGGAGGUUCGAAAUGAUGGGUCCUACCAACAUGCCACCUUACAAGGAUUGAUUAACCAACCUGCUGAUAAUCAAGGGAAGUACCAAUCGCAGGUAUAUGUUGGCAACAAUGAACAUUCUCAGCAAGUAAUUGAAGAGGAUAGUAAUCAACAAGUGUACCAAUCUCAAAGUUUGAUCAGUAAUACUCAAGAAAAUACCGAACAGCAAUCUAUAAAUUUAGCUAGUAAUAGUCAGGCUUACCAACCACAGACUUACGUUGAGAAUAAUCAAAAUUUGGAACAGAACAUCAACGAGGCUGCUAAUGUACAGGUUUAUCAACCACAAAUUUAUGUUGAAAAUAAUCAAAAUGCUCAAGAGCAAAUUAUAAAUGAAGCCAACAAUGGUCAGACGUACCAGUCGCAGGUUUACGUUGAAAAUAAUCAAAAUGGUCAUGAAAUCGUAAACGAAGUCAAUAAUGCUCAAAAUUCCCAGCAACAAAUAUACUUUCCGAAUAAUCAAAAUGUUCAACAGCAGCCCACGAAUGAAGCAAGUAACUCGCAGGUAUACGAAUCUCAAAAUAACGUGAAUGGUAAUCAAAAUGCGUUGCAACAAGCAAUCAACGAAGGUCAAGUGUAUCAACCACAAAUUUAUAUCGGGCAUAAUCAAAAUCCACCGCAACAAGUAAAUAUACCAACCAAUCAACAGGUGUACCAAUCACAGAUCACUCAACAAAAUGGUCAAGAAAAUGCUCAAAGUCAGAGUGAUGUCAAUUUUGGCAACAUUCAAUCCUACAAGUUGAAUCAAAAUGGGGCAACAUAUACCUCGGAAUUAAAUCAUGGUCAUCAACAACUGGCAGUAACAUUACCAUAUACACUUGAGGCAUCCAAGGAAAUAACUAUACCUGGCUUAAGUAGGGAACAAAGUGUUGAAGACACUCAACAGGACCUAGGAAAGUUUUUAGAUUAUUCCCUGCAAAUCCCCCUAAGUAAACCAAUCGAUGGACGAACUCCAGAAUCUGGAUCAUACGUGAUACAAGUCGAAAAACAAGUACCUUAUCCGAUAACACAAUUAAUUGAAAAAAAGGUCGAGAUACCACAACCACAUCCGGUUCAAGUAAUUCAAACGUAUCCAGUUGAGGUUGAAAAGGUCGUUGAAAAGAAAAUACAGGUAUCACAGCCAUAUCCGGUACACGUGCAGGUACCAGUCGAAAAGAUAAUCGAGAAGAAAAUUCCUCAAACGUUUGUAGUUGAAAAAAUUAUUCAAAAACCAGUACCGCAACCGUAUCCUGUUGAAAAAAUAGUGGAAAAAACGGUACACGUGCCACAACCAUAUCCAGUAGAAGUAGAGAAAAUAGUCGAAAAAAAAGUUCCGGUACCUCAGCCUUAUCUGGUACAUAUUCAAGUUCCGGUUGAUAGAAUCGUGGAGAAACACGUGGCGGUGCCGCAACCAUAUCCAGUCCAUAUUGAAAAAAUUGUUGAGAAGAAAAUCCCAUAUCCUGUUGAAAAACUGGUACCACAACCAUAUCCGGUUCACAUAAACAUACCGCAACCAUAUCCAGUGGAAAAAAUAAUAGAAAAGAAGGUACCAUAUCCGGUUGAAAUAGAAAAAUUUAUUGAACGCAAAGUACCAUAUCCGGUCCCAAUUCAUGUACCUUACGGAAUUCAAUAUGGUGUGAGCUACCAACAAAUUAUGAAGCCUCAACUGCCCAAUCUACAUUCGAUCUAUCAGAGAACGCAGACACCGCUAUAUGGUUUACCAAUCAAAAAUCAAGAAUCGUCAAGCGAUUCCACGUCACAAUUUCAAGGUUACCAGUACAACAAACCCUCCAUAAGUUUCAUAGAAGGAUCGAGCAAUCAUAAUAACAUAAAGCACAAUCACGUUUAUUAUUCAUCUAACACAGUGGCGCCAUCUCACGAUAAAAAGCAUCAAUUAGCUUAUCAAUCCUACGUCAAUCAUCCUUAUUCAGGAGCUCAUAGAAGGCACGCUAUGAGAAUGUCUACGGUCGAAAAAGGUAUCAAGGAUCAAUAUAUUGGUCCAGUACCACCAGAAAGUCCUACCAAUAUACGUCAUUCGAAAAAUUCCCUAGGCAUACAAUCAAAAUCCUUACAAUUUUCUACCACAAUGACAAGAGCGCCGUCUAUCGUCACAACCAGGAGGUUGAGAUCAGAAGCACAUCCUCAGAGUGCCACCGGUACCUUCAGGCAAUCCAAAAUGGAGUAUGGUUUUAAACCACCGAUGGUACCGUCUGUACAAUAUGACGAGAAAACCGCACGCAAAGUGGAGAGUUAAUUCUACGCGAUGAAUGAGGAUUAGAUUCGGAUUUAAGCUGAAGUAGCUCCGUCUCUGUGAGACUCAACCUGCCUGCAUUUCUGCGGGACUGUUCCGAGUGGCAUCACGAGGAUGCAUUAAGUUAUUAUUAAGCUUCACAGAGACAGCAGCUUUACACGACUUUAUUUCAAGGAUUAAACUUAAGUUAGGUUAGGAUAGCUUACCGAUCGCCCUCGAAUAACGUACAGAUAAUACCCUAUAUCCUUAAAUUUUCAAUUCUUUUAGAAACAUAAUCAAUAGUCACAUCGAUAGUAACUUGUAUAUUGUCGUCCAAGGAUAUUUCCAAAUGAUUAAUUCCCUCAUCAUUCAUUUGAUACGAAUAUUCAUCACGCCUCAUUUAUAGUACGUACUAGUACGAUGAGUGUAAGUACUCAUAUUAUUAUUAUAAUUAGUGUAUAUCAUUUUAUAGGAAAGUAACAAUUGUCAAUGUCAGCAUUUAUCACAAUUAUUUAUCCAUUAUCAAUGUGUGUCACAAAGCGAUUAAAUUAUUUUAUAAGAACAUUGUUCUUCUCGCUGUUUUAUAAGUUUUCUGAAUCUCCAUUCUUAUAAAUCAUCAUGAUAGUAUUCGAGUGCUGUAAUCCCACGAGUCAGAUAUUAUCUAUCCGUACUUGCCAUACACGAUAUUUUUUGUAAUUUCUGUGAAGUAAAGUUUGAUUUUAGAAGCAGACGAAUGUAAUAAAAGUGCCCGAUGGCGCCACUAACAGUGCGCACGCGUCAAAAAAGCUCUAUUGCGAAAAAAUUAAGUAUUUCAAAUGUGCGCAUGCGCGAACUUUCUCCUCACAGUUCGGAAAUGGGGCACCUCGCACACUCUCCAUAUGCUUCGAAAAUCAAACUUUCCAAGCAGGUGUUACAAAAAAUUCAUUUUUCUCCUAGAUCUUAUCCUUAAGUAUUAAAAACUCCAAAUUCGUCAAAUUUAUUUUCUUUCCAAUGAAAAAUAGGUAAGAUCGAUUUAUUUAUUUAUCGCUUGAUUCAAACGGUCACACCACGGACCCGAUAUAUCUUUUCGAAAAGUUAGUGGUCCAUAUGGAUCUAUACACCGUGAACUUUUAGAUCAGCCAGCACGAAUAACCUGUAUAGAAAUAGACUGUCAGCGAGGGUCCUGUUGCCAUUUAUACCAGAGUCCAAGGAUCGGCAAAGGCAGGAGUGGUCUAUAAAAGGAUGUGUAUAUGGAUCGCUAUAGUACGUUUAUACUUAGACAGGAUAUCGCCAUAGAUCUCAGAGCUUACAGGAAGUUUACUCUCGUGUACUUGUAUACGAUAUAACUGAAUACCUAUAUAUUCGACUACAUAGAAAUCCAAGCAACCCCUUUGACUCUUUUACGACGACGUAUGGACAGAACGUAGAGGAAUACGUCCUGUGACAUGGUGACAUGCGUCUCACGCCGUUGACUAAUACAUACUAAUACAGUACGAGGUUUGGAAUCGAAACGACGGAAAUUGUCGUAUUUCGCGAAAAUACGGUAAACUGAGAACUCGGAUUGUAAGCGAAAUAUGUCAAGAAUCACGAAAUAUUUUUAAAUAAGGUUUUGAAGAAGAAGAUGGAUAAAAUGAAAAAUUUGAAAUAUAAUACACUGGUAUAUCUUCUGGAAAGAUUGAAUUUGGAGGCUUUUGUCUGGUUAAAUUUUAUUAAUUUUUUUUUUUAGGACGACAUGUCAGUCAGAAAUAAACGUGAUUUUUUAAAUCAUAAUUGAAAUUCUCCAGCUAGGUGUACUACAAUAUAUGAUUAAACAAGAGUGAAUGUAUCUUUAUAUGAAUAAAAGUUGGUGACAUUCUAA